CGCCACUGAAGUUUAGUUUCAGGAGGAAAACGUUCCUACGCGGCUGCACCUCGCUUCCAGCGCUAAAUACUAGCAAAUGUGUAGAGGCAACAUAAUGGAAUAUCAACACAAUCGCUAAACGUCACUUGAUUCCAGAGGACACUAACAUAAAGGAAUAGCAGACAUGUCGCCUCAUUUGCGAUGGCGCCGGGAGGCGGAGGUGUCGAAAGAGGCAAACUUCACCACCACUAUGCCUCCAGCUACAGGGACCACAAAUCCCAACUCGACGUUACCACCAGCAUUAUCCUCGGAGCCAGGACCACCAUCAUCCACUACCACCCAGGAAAGUUUCGUUGAGAAAACUGAAGAUUUAGCUCGAAAAAUGAACAUGGAACCAUGGCAGCUAGUAGCUAUUCUUGUGGGUGUAGGAGUGGUUGUCCUGGGAAUAUGCUUCUGCUGCAUACGGCGGUGUUUCCGUAAGAGACGAUCCAAGGAUGGCAAAAAGGGCAUGAAAGGAGUCGACUUCAAGUCCGUCCAGCUGCUCGGUUCAGCAUACAAGGAAAAGGUGCAGCCGGACAUGGAGGAGCUAACGGAGAAUGCUGAGGAGCCUGACGAAGGAGAGGAAAAGAAAGAGGAACAAAAACUUGGCAAACUGCAAUAUAAGUUGGAGUAUGACUUUAACAGCAACAGCUUGUCAGUGACAGUGAUCCAAGCGGAAGAAUUACCAGCUCUUGAUAUGGGCGGGACAUCAGAUCCUUAUGUGAAAGUUUACCUUUUACCUGAUAAGAAGAAGAAGUUCGAAACAAAAGUUCAUCGAAAAACGCUCAAUCCAGUUUUCAACGAAACCUUCGUUUUUAAGAACGUGCCAUAUGCGGAUGCCAUGAACAAAACUCUUGUGUUCGCGAUCUUCGACUUCGAUCGUUUCUCCAAGCAUGACCAGAUCGGCGAGGUGAAGGUACCUCUCUGCCAGGUGGACCUCGCCCAGACUAUCGAGGAAUGGCGUGAACUGCAAAGCGUGGAAGGCGAGGGUGGUCAGGACAACAAGUUGGGAGACAUAUGUUUCUCGUUACGUUAUGUACCAACAGCUGGAAAACUGACCGUCGUUAUCCUCGAGGCAAAGAAUCUUAAGAAAAUGGACGUUGGUGGCCUAUCAGAUCCGUACGUAAAGAUAGCUCUUAUGCAGAACGGGAAACGCCUUAAGAAGAAGAAAACGAGCAUCAAGAAGUGUACAUUGAAUCCUUAUUACAACGAGUCAUUUACUUUUGAAGUACCAUUCGAGCAAAUACAGAAAGUAAACCUAGUAGUAACUGUGGUUGACUACGAUCGUAUCGGCACGUCGGAGCCCAUCGGGAAAGUGGUGCUUGGCUACAACGCGUCAGGAACUGAGCUGCGUCAUUGGUCAGACAUGCUGGCGAGCCCGCGACGUCCGAUUGCGCAGUGGCACACUCUCAAAGACCCCGAAGAUGGAGAGAAGAAAGAUUAAGUGGAUUCAUGGAUGAUAACCCUAGCAGCUUGUCGGAGCGAAACGAAUAAGGACAUGAAUGGCGUGGGCAGUGAGGAUUAUAAGACAUAAUUAACAUUAUUUUAGUAUGUUCAAAUUAAACCAAAUUGUAAUAAUAAUACCUAUGCGAAUCAUUUCAUUGAAUUUAUCUCGUUUUUUUUAUAAGACGAGCACCGACAUUUAAAAUAGUAGACAUUUAUGGUGAAUUAGCUAUGACAAAACUGGAAUCAAUAAAUAAGCAAGUUUCGAAUAUCUUUCAAGAUAUAUUUUAUGCAAAUUAUGAUUUGUUAAAAUUAUUAAUUAAUAUAUAAAUUAUAGUUAGAAAAAAUUAUGUAUCGUUUUUCAUGUAUCAUUUCAUGAUAAUACCUACCAUGUUGGUUCAUUGCAAUAAUUAUACCGAUCUUACCAUUUUAUAUUUAACACAAUACCUCAAUUUUAAUUAUCCUUAGAUGUUAUAUUUAUAAAUAGAAUGAAAUAUCUAUCUAUAGGUACUUUCGGUCUCGUAUGCUUAUCAUCCUGUUUUCAAUGGUACAAUAAGUACCCUCGUAUGCUCUAAAAUAUCUACAUACAAUUGAAAACAAUGUAAAUAAGUUGAAUCCUGUUAAAUUUAUUACAUUCUAUUUUACUAUGAUAAGUGUUAUUAGUAAUUAUGUAUAAACCUUUAAAUCGUAAUCGACGUGUUCCUCUUGAGAAGAGAGUAUUAAUGUAACGAUGUAUCUAUGUAGAAAUUGCUUCAUGUUGAGAGUUAAUAUUAAUGUUUCUCUGAUUCAUCUUAUUCCUCAGACUCCUUCUUGCGAGGAACGAAGGCCUAGAUGUGCUUUGAUUAUUUUACAUGACAUUUAUUUUCAAAAAGUUUCAAUCGGUGGGUAAACUUUUCUUAUUGUUUUCAAUUACAUUGUUAAGAAUUAUUAUUUAGUUGAAACUAGUUCCAAAUAAAUAGUAUUAAGGAAAAUGUAUUAUACAAAUAUAUUACAUAUUGAAUUAUUUAUCGAAGUAGAGUUUGUAAAAAACAAUUUUUCAUAUAUUACUGCUACAAAAAUUUAUAUCAUCAGCAUUAAUAUAAUCAAAAACGUUUCCAUUGUACCACUUCACCUUUAAAAUGUAUCUAUUUAUUGAAUGUUGUAAUGUUAAAUUAUUUUUGUCGUUUUCUUAGAAAAUGUGUUUAAGAAAUCGUAACGUAUCGCAUGUAAAAAGCUCGCUUCUUUUAUUUUAUAAAUCCAUUGCUCUAUUUUCAUUUACAUUUAAUUAUAGUUGGUUAAUAAAAGAUAAAUAAACUGUAACUAUUUAUGGAACAUUAAUUAUAAAUUAUUCUAUUGAAAAUAUACCUGAUUAGCUAAAGCUUGACUGUUGUUGAUCUCAACUUUGUGUUAUUGUGUAUAUAAUGUAAUCACAUGUUAAAAAUUACGAUCACGUAUUAUUAUAUUACAUAGGAGUAGGAAUGAUGUCGGGCUUUAAGUAUGUAGAAGAGCACCAACACGAAAUAUGUAGACAUGUGGUUCGAGUUCUGUAUUUACCAAUAAAUAUAGUUAUGUUGAUAAAACAUAGUUUGUACUUCUAGCAUUUGCAAUGACUAUCCUGAAAAUACUCGUACUACGUAGAACCUACACAGUACAAUAUGAGACAAUCGCAUGUUUAUUUUACCAACUUUUAUUUAAUUUUACCAAUAUUUAUUGAGGCUACCUUUUCAAAUACACGUCGACAUCUUUACAUGAGCAAUGCUUUUAAUGGAAAAUAAAAAUGCACAAAUGAAAUAAUUGAGUAAAAAGUUAUAUUUGAAUUAGUUAAACAAAAUAUAACAUUUAAAACAA